CUCCCGGAGCCGGCGGGCCGCCGCGGCCCCCAGAGACCUCCGCCAUGGGCCGUGCGGGCGGCGUGGCGGCGCAUCUGCCGGCGUCCGGCCUGGACCUCUUCGGGGACCUGAGAAAGAUGAACAAGCGCCAGCUCUAUUACCAGGUUUUAAACUUUGCCAUGAUCGUGUCUUCCGCACUCAUGAUCUGGAAGGGCUUGAUCGUCCUCACCGGCAGCGAGAGCCCCAUCGUGGUGGUGCUGAGCGGCAGCAUGGAGCCAGCCUUUCACAGGGGAGACCUCCUGUUCCUCACAAAUUUCCGAGAAGACCCGAUCAGAGCUGGGGAAAUCGUUGUUUUUAAAGUGGAAGGACGAGACAUUCCAAUAGUUCACAGAGUAAUCAAAGUCCACGAAAAAGAUAAUGGAGACAUCAAAUUUCUGACUAAAGGAGAUAAUAAUGAAGUAGACGACAGAGGAUUGUACAAAGAAGGCCAGAACUGGCUCGAGAAGAAGGAUGUGGUGGGAAGAGCAAGAGGGUUUUUGCCCUAUGUUGGCAUGGUCACCAUAAUAAUGAAUGACUACCCCAAGUUCAAGUACGCCCUCCUGGCCGUGAUGGGUGCAUACGUGUUACUAAAACGUGAAUCCUAAAAUGAGACACGGUUCCUGGGACCAGACUGAGAUGAAUUCUGUUGAAAAAGAGAAAAACUAAUAUAUUUGAAAUGUUCCUUUAUAAAAGGAAACAGUGUGGAGACGUUUUUGUCUUGUCCAAAUAAAUGAUUCAUCAGUAA